AUGAAUCCUGAAUACAAAAUUUUGCCAGGAAAUGGCUUGAUUUAAAAACAAAUUGUGAUGCGUUGGCAUACAAUCGUAACUUGCAAUGAAUUCAAUGUGUUAAGGAAACUUUUAGAGCUGUGAAAUUCAUUCAAUCGUAACCUGCAAUUUGCAAAUAAUUCAAUGUGUUAACUCAUUUCCCCAUUUUUGUGAAAUUCAUUGAAUUCAAUUGGAGGGGUUUCCAUCUUCCAUUUCAAUGUCCUUCAAUUCUCACAGAGGUGGCUCCUUCAACGGUGAUGUUGCUCCUUAUCGAUCCAGAGAGGGGCUUAGCACCCGACCCAUUGCAGCCUCCGAUGAAAUCCAAUUGCGUAUUGAUCCCGGCGUCGACUUCGACGACGAAAUCACCGGUCUUCGUGGCCAAGUUAGAAAAUUGAAAAAUGUUGCUGAAGAUAUUGGUACAGAAGUCAAGUUUCAGAGAGAUUUUUUGGAACAAGUGCAAAUGACAAUGAUAAAAGCUCAAGCUGGGGUGAAGAAUAAUUUAAGAAGGUUGAACAAGAGCAUCAUCCAAAAUGGUUCCAACCAUAUUGUUCAUGUGAUUGUUUUUGCAUUAGUUUGUUGCUUUAUAGUGUACUUCUGGUCAAAGAUUUCCAGAAAAUGAUGGCUCGUUGUCAAAAGAUUUCACUCAAGGUCUUCUUUAGAUUACUAUGAUGCCUACUUUUGUUGUACAGAAAAGCUACCUGUUGCAGUUUACAGUUAAAAAUUACCCGGCUUCCGAGUUAUGUUUCUCGGUCGAAGCAGUAGUUCUGUAAAAUAGAAAGGAUAAUUUGUUUGUUUAAUAGAUUGCAAAAUAAAUAUCAGGUGAAUAUCUGAUAAAAGUAGAAAAUAGCAACCUUGAACUUUA